CAAGAUCGAAGAGGAAAGGGCCAGAACUUACGAUUACGAGUGCAAGCCAAGUAAUGUGCAUGGCGACCUUGCGACCCAAGCGAUCGGUAGCCAUCUGAAGGAAGCCCACGCCCACGAGUUGACCAGUCGAGAGCAUACCACCCCAUAGGGGAACAUAGGCACCACGCGCGGGACCUGUAUGGGGAUCUAUGGGCGGGUCAUUCCUUGGCUGGGGGCACCAAGCUUUAAUGAGCGGUGCCCAUCCAAGUAUAGGGACUCGGAGAAGCCAGUGGGAUAAUGCCAUGUUGCCGACGAUCCGACGACUUCAACCACAUUUACUUCCCACUGCACAGUAGAAAAGGCUGAAGAGAGCUACGAAGAAACUCCUAAUCCAAUGUAGAUGACGGCACCCAAGAGAAGACAACAAACUCAUCAAGUCUAAGAUACAACACGUCGUUGUCCUCACCACCUCUUUUCCUCAGUACAGUGCUUGACCUUCCCAACAUGGCACCAACGCGUAUCAUUCUCGACACCGACUUGUCCAUGGGCGCGGGCGCGGACGUCGACGAUGGCUUUGCCCUCGCCCUCGCCCAUGCCGACCCAGACAUCCAGCUCGACUUGAUCACCACCGUCAAUGGCAAUACUGACGUCGAGAGCGCGACCAUCCUGACCGGCGUCCUUCUCAACCGACUGGGUAUCAAAGACACGCCCCUCGUCCGUGGUUCAGCCACGCCCAUCAUCCAUACCGACCUGAAACGCACACCAGCCGACAAAGUCGUCGCCCUACGAGAGUCCGCACGAUCUCCCAACCCAGGCUACGCUCCCGUGGCUAUCGUCGAGCACAUCAUGGCCAAUCCAGGCGAGAUCACCGUCGUGGCCAUCGGACCUCUCACCAACAUCGCCAUCGCCCUACUACUCGAACCACGCAUCAAGUCGGCCAUCAAGGAGCUCGUCAUCAUGGGCGGCAUCUUCUUGGGGACCAUGUACUCUCGCGCCAAGCCCGGCGAGUUCAACGUCUUUUCGGACCCCGAGGCUGCGCGCACCGUCUUGCGCUCCGGCAUUCCCCAGCGCUGGAUCGGCCUUGAUUGCACUCUGCAAGUGCGACUACGCAUGGCGGAUGCCGAAGCACUCAAGAAAUCAACCUCGAGUUUUGCCCAAUUCGCCGGAGAUGCCACCAUUACUUACAUCGACUACCAGGCUGUCCGCUUCCCUGGCAGACCCAAGACCGACUCAAUCCCCAUGCACGACCCGCUGGCUGUGGCCGUCGUGUCGAAACCCGACCUGUGCGAGUACAAGGACAUGGCUGUCUCGAUCAUCACUGGUGACGGUGAAGCGCGAGGUGUUAUGAUUGCGGAUCGUCUGGAAACUCCCAACCCACCAACUCCUAAUUGUCGAGUUGCCGUCGGUGUCAAUGCUGAGGGGUUCCGAUCGCAUUUCUUGUCGCUGAUCGAAACGCUAUGAGUGCGGGAUUGCUGGUUCCAUCCCUCGGCCGGGGCUGGGCAAGCUCUUUCUAGGCUUAGGGAAUGACGGGAAGACAGCGGUUUGACCCUGUGCUGCGCGCCCUUUACGGGGCCAAAUUGCAAGAUGGAAUGGCAUCGCA